AUGUAAUAGACAUCUAUUCUUCCUCAAUAAUAAAUUGUACACUUCUCAAAUACUACAAAUAGAUCUUAAAGAUCACUCUCUCCAAAUGAGAGAAUCUUAUAAAAUCGGAGGGAUUCAUGUUACGAUUACGGAAGUUAGGUAUCAAAAGAAUAAUUUAAUAUGCUUGAAUAAAAAGUUAAAAAAUAGUAAAAGGAAAAUAAAGCAAAUUUGAAGCUCAAGUUAUUAGAGAAUAUAGAAAAUGAAUAAACAACUUAAGUAACAUUCAAGACAACUAAGGAGGAAUUGCAUAAAGUUGUUGAUUAAUUGAUGGUGGCAUUUAAAGAAUAAUAAAAUAAUUAGAAGAUUUAAUAAGAAAAAUAAAAUUAGGAAGUAACUUAUAUAGUGAAUAGUGAAUAGAGAACUUAAGUAGCAGUGUAAGCACCAGUUUAAAGUCAAGUCUAAUAAUGCCCUCCCCCUAACCCUAUCCCUAUCCCUAUCCCUACCCCUUGCUAUAAUAAUUAUAAAAAGAAAAGAAGAUGCUGGGUGAUGCGUUUCUUGAGGCAUUUUUGA